AUGAUACCAUCUGCACUGCAUCCUCCUCCUGCAGCAUGUGGUGUGACUCUGAACAAAGGUGUAGAAUAUUUCAUCACAGGCCAACUGAAGCCUGACGGGUCGCUGCGUGUUUCAUCCUGUAAUUAUGUUGUACCCUGGAAGAGCAGCCAUGAUAUCCUGGUAGAACACUUUAUGAUGGGCUGUGAUUGCAAGAUCACUCGCUGCUCCUCUGUGCCGUGCGGGAUCGGCAGCCCAACUGAGUGCUUGUGGACAAAUACAAUUGACGAGCAGGACAAACAAUCUGCUUGCAUCAAGAAAAGUGAUGGUUCUUGUUCCUGGUACAGGGAGGAACUUAAUGGACAUUAAAGACCCUAAACUCCCAAGCAGAAAAUGUCAGAUACAAAUAAAUCUUUUUAAAGAAAUGAAG